AUGCGGACGUUGAUCAAGGGCGGCGGGUGGAAAAAAAACGAGGAUGAGACCCUCAAAAAGGCUGUGGAGAGGUACGGUACGAGCAAGUGGGCGCGCGUGGCAUCUCUGCUCCCGCGCAAGUCGAUCAAGCAGUGUAUAGCGCGGUGGUACGAGUGGCUCCAUCCGACCAUCAACCUGGCUGAGUGGAGUCGCGAAGAGGAAGAAAAGCUUCUGCAUCACGCCAAGCUCAUGCCCUUGCAGUGGCAAGCGAUUGCGGAUAUUGUGGGGCGCACAGCAGCGCAGUGUCUAUACCACUAUGAGCGACUACUGGACGCAGCGCAGAAGAAGAACAGCGUGGUCGUGAGCGAUGAUCCGAGACGGCUGCGUCCGGGUGAAAUUGACCCCAGUCAAGAGGGAAGACUAGCGUGGUCGGACCCCGUGGACGUUGACGAAGACAAGAAGGAGGUGCUGUCGGACGCACAGGCUCGAUUGGCGAGUACAAAGGGCAAAAAAGACAAGAUGAAGAAUCAUGAGACGCAGCACGAGGAAGCGCGAGGACUGAAGGUCUUGCCAAAGAAACGAGAUCUCGAGAUGGCGGGCUUGUUGUCGUCAAGUUCAAGUGUGGACAUGAAGAAACGGAAGAUUGAUCGUGCGACCAAGAUCCCGUUUGAGAAGAAAGCGUCAGCGAGAUUAUGUGAUGUGUUGGAGGUAAAACGAUUUGCAAAUAAAAUGGAUGAGAAGUGUGACGAUGUCAAGCAGCAGAAAGUGGAUGACGGAGAAGUACAAUUUGAACAGCAGUACCGAAAUCGUACCCAGACUAGCAGUACUUUUUUGUUUGGACAAGCGUACAAGAAUCGCAAUCCAGUUGCAAUUACUGGAAAAAAGAACGGAAAUUUUUUCCACGCAACCAAGUCGGCGGGUUCCACUUCCAACAGUGGAGCAUCGAAGAAAGAGUCAGAAGCAUGUCAAGGGUCAAAAAGUCCUGUUGAUGACUUUAAGCUUCAUCCGAGUAACGUCAGAAGCAAUUUUACGGCACCUCCAACUUCAUUUUCUCCUCGAGUUGCAAGAUCAAGAAUACAUCGUCACAGUUUUGAUCAUGGGAACUGGCGGGGCGGAUUCCAGUCGUCAGGUGCAAGAAGUCGGGCUUCAUUUUUGGCGUUGAAGACCGAAUGCCGUACGCAUUACGAAGUGCUUGGUAUUGACAAGACAGCGACGAGCGACCAAGUCAAGAGGUCGUACCAAAAAUUGGCGCGUGUGUAUCAUCCAGAUAAGUCAAAGGUGAUGUCGCAUGCUGAUUUGUUUAAGGACAUGACAGCAGCGUACAGCGUGCUUUCCGACAAAAGUGCCCGGGAUGCGUAUGAUAUUGAGCUGAUGAAGAAAAAUUCUGGCAAUUUCUACAAGAACUAG